UGACUUCAUUUAUGCUGCACAUGAACCACAUUUUAAGUUUUGGGCAUGUUUUUCCACAAGAGAAAUGGUUUAAAUUGUUUCAACUUCUUCAUCUAGGAUCAGUAAGCAAGAAAACAUUAAUCUUCUGAUUUCUGAGUCUUUUGUUUCAGUCUUUUUCUCAACAGAAAGUGCUAACUGCUCAGAACAACCAUGAAUGCACUAGUAGCAACCAACAGAAACUUUAAACUGGCAGCCCGGCUUCUUGGUUUGGACUCCAAGCUUGAAAAGAGUUUGCUCAUUCCUUUCAGGGAAAUCAAGGUUGAAUGCACCAUACCUAAAGAUGAUGGCACUUUGGCAUCUUUUGUUGGGUUCAGGGUUCAGCAUGACAAUGCAAGAGGCCCCAUGAAAGGAGGAAUCAGAUAUCACCCAGAGGUUGACCCUGAUGAAGUGAAUGCUUUGGCACAACUAAUGACGUGGAAGACUGCAGUUGCCAAUAUCCCAUAUGGUGGAGCUAAAGGUGGGAUAGGAUGUGAUCCAGGAAAGUUAAGCAUAUCUGAGCUAGAACGGCUUACUCGAGUUUUCACCCAGAAGUUACAUGACCUGAUUGGAAUUCACACAGAUGUUCCAGCACCUGACAUGGGAACAGGUCCACAGACAAUGGCAUGGAUACUAGAUGAGUACUCCAAAUUCCAUGGCUAUUCACCUGCUGUAGUGACUGGAAAACCAACCGAUCUUGGAGGAUCACUUGGCAGAGAUGCAGCUACUGGCAGAGGAGUGCUCUUUGCCACAGAGGCCCUUCUCAAAGAGCAUGGAAAGACCAUCUCUGGACAAAAAUUUGUAAUACAGGGUUUUGGAAAUGUUGGUUCCUGGGCUGCUCAACUCAUCCAUGAAAAGGGUGGGAAGGUUGUUGCUGUAAGUGAUAUCACAGGAGCCAUAAAGAACAGCAAAGGAAUUGAUAUUCCCAGCCUACUCAAGCAUGCCAAAGAAAACAAGGGUGUCAAAGGAUUCCAUGGUGGGGACUCUAUAGAUCCCAAGUCAAUUCUGGUUGAAGAGUGUGACAUACUCAUACCAGCAGCACUUGGCGGCGUCAUCAACAGGGAAAAUGCAAAUGAUAUUAAAGCCAAGUUCAUUAUUGAAGCUGCUAACCAUCCAACUGAUCCAGAGGCUGAUGAGAUCUUGUCAAAGAAAGGGGUGGUCAUCCUUCCAGACAUAUAUGCCAACUCAGGAGGAGUAACUGUUAGUUACUUUGAGUGGGUGCAGAACAUUCAAGGCUUCAUGUGGGAUGAGGAGAAGGUGAACGAUGAACUAAAGACAUACAUGACCAAAGGAUUUAAAGAUGUGAAAGAGAUGUGCAAAACCCACAACUGUGAACUUCGAAUGGGAGCCUUUACCCUUGGAGUUAACCGUGUUGCACGGGCUACUGUUCUGAGAGGUUGGGAAGCAUAAGAUGCUAUGCUGAUUUGAAUAAAGCUGGAGGCUUCUAUUAGCCCCCUGAUUCUUGUCCGCUAUUGUGGUAAAUCCUUAUUGAUGUGAGGAGCUUCAAAAGAGGCCAUUUUAAUUUGUUGCCUUAAUGAGAAAUUCUGCCUUGAGCUCUACUUAUGAAUACCUGUU